GCACCCUCCGGGCCCAGCCCCGCCGCUCGCCGCCGCCCGAGCGGCCGGCGCCCCGCGCCUCGCGGAGCCGGGACCGCCCGCCCGCGCCCGGGACGCGGGUCUCCGGGAAGUUAGGGGACUUGACAGCCGCCGCCGCCGCAGGUGUUCCUGGUACCAGAGAGCUGAAGUAAUGAGAAGGCAUCAUGGAGGCCCAGUCCCACAGCUCCCUGACCACUGAGAAGAAAAAAGUUGAGAAUUCUGUAGUGAAAUGCUCCACUCGAACAGAUGUCAGCGAGAAAGCGGUGGCCUCCAGCACUACUUCCAAUGAGGAUGAAAGUCCUGGACAGACCUAUCACAGAGAGAGAAGAAACGCAGUCACCAUGCAGCCACAGAGUGUCCAGGGGCUUGGCAAGAUCAGCGAGGAGCCUGCCACAUCUAGUGACGAGAGGGGCUCGCUGAUCAAGAAGGAGAUCCAUGGGUCCCUGCCCCACCUGGCUGAGCCCUCCAUCCCAUACCGUGGGGCCGUGUUCGCCAUGGACCCCAGGAACGGUUACAUGGAACCUCACUACCACCCUCCUCACCUGUUUCCUGCAUUCCACCCUCCUGUGCCAAUCGAUGCCAGACAUCACGAGGGGCGUUACCAUUAUGAUCCGUCUCCGAUUCCUCCACUGCAUGUGAAAGCCUCCAGUAACAUGCAGAGGCCUUCUGCCUUAUCGAGUAGCCCCACGUAUUCGGACCUGCCCUUCAUUAGGAUCUCCCCGCACCGGAACCCUGCUGCCGCCUCGGAGUCCCCCUUCAGCCCUCCACAUCCCUACAUCAACCCGUACAUGGACUAUAUCCGCUCUCUGCACAGCAGCCCAUCCCUCUCCAUGAUCUCCGCAGCCCGGGGACUGAGUCCCACAGAUGCGCCCCAUGCGGGAGUCAGCCCAGCAGAAUACUAUCAUCAGAUGGCUCUGUUAGCUGGCCAGCGCAGCCCCUACGCAGACAUCCUUCCCACGGCUGCCACCACUGGCGCUGGGGCCAUCCACAUGGAAUAUUUUCAUGCCAUGGACAGCACCAGAUUCCCCAGCCCCAGGCUGUCAGCCAGGCCAAACCGAAAACGUACACUGUCUAUAUCACCACUGUCCGAUCAUAGCUUUGACCUUCAGACCAUGAUAAGGACGUCUCCCAACUCCUUGGUCACAAUUCUCAAUAAUUCCCGCAGCAGCUCUUCAGCAAGUGGCUCCUAUGGUCACUUAUCUGCAAGUGCAAUCAGCCCUGCCUUGAGCUUCACCUACCCUUCUGCGCCUGUGUCUCUCCACGUGCAUCAACAAAUCUUAAGCCGACAGCAGAGCUUAGGCUCGGCCUUUGGACACAGCCCUCCGCUCAUCCAUCCUGCCCCAACAUUUCCAACACAGAGGCCUAUUCCCGGGAUCCCAACGGUUCUGAACCCUGGCCAGGUCAGCUCUGGCCCUUCGGAGUCCUCACAGAACAAGCCCACGAGCGAGUCUGCGGUGAGCAGCACUGGCGACCUGAUGCACAACAAGCGAUCCAAGAUCAAACCUGAUGAGGACCUCCCCAGCCCGGGGCCGCGGGGGCAGCAGGAACAGCCGGAAGUAACCACCCUGGUGAAGGAGGAAGGGGACAAAGAUGAAAGCAAGCAGGAGCCUGAAGUCAUCUAUGAGACCAACUGCCACUGGGAAGGCUGCACCCGGGAGUUUGACACCCAGGAGCAGCUGGUGCACCAUAUAAACAAUGACCAUAUUCAUGGAGAGAAGAAGGAAUUUGUGUGCCGGUGGCUAGAUUGCUCAAGAGAGCAGAAGCCCUUCAAAGCCCAGUAUAUGCUGGUGGUGCAUAUGAGACGACACACAGGAGAGAAACCUCACAAAUGCACUUUUGAAGGUUGCACAAAGGCCUACUCGAGACUCGAAAACUUGAAAACACACUUGAGAUCUCACACUGGAGAGAAGCCAUAUGUCUGUGAGCAUGAAGGUUGCAACAAGGCUUUCUCGAAUGCUUCCGAUCGUGCCAAGCACCAAAACAGAACACAUUCCAAUGAGAAACCAUAUGUGUGUAAAAUCCCAGGCUGCACUAAGCGCUACACAGACCCCAGCUCUCUCCGGAAACACGUGAAGACCGUGCACGGCCCAGAGGCUCAUGUCACCAAGAAGCAGCGUGGGGACAUCCAUCCGCGGCCCCCACCACCGCGGGAUUCCGGCAGCCAUUCCCAGUCCAGGUCACCUGGCCGGCAGACUCAGGGAGCCCUUGGUGAGCAGAAGGACCUCAGCAACACUACCUCAAAGCGGGAGGAAUGCCUCCAAGUGAAAACGGUCAAGGCGGAGAAGCCCAUGACAUCUCAGCCAAGCCCUGGUGGUCAGUCUUCAUGCAGCAGCCAACAGUCCCCCGUCAGCAACUAUUCCAACAGUGGGCUCGACCUUCCUCUGAGCGAAGGCGGUGGUGUGGGAGACCUCGGUGCCAUCGACGAAACCCCAAUCAUGGACUCGACCAUUUCCACUGCAACCACAGCCCUCGCUCUGCAAGCCAGGAGAAACCCAGCAGGGACCAAAUGGAUGGAGCACGUCAAACUAGAAAGGCUCAAACAAGUGAAUGGAAUGCUUCCGCGACUGAACCCCAUCCUCCCCCCCAAAGCCCCUGCGGUCUCUCCUCUCAUAGGAAACGGCACCCAGCCCGGUAACAGCUGCAGUGUGGGCGGGCCCGUGACCCUCCUCCCGAACAGAAGCGACCUCCCCGGGGUGGACGUCACCGUGCUGAACAUGCUCACCAGGAGGGACAGCAGCGCCAGCACCAUCAGCUCGGCCUACCUGAGCAGCCGCCGCUCCUCGGGCAUCUCCCCCUGCUUCUCCAGCCGGAGGUCCAGCGAGGCGUCCCAGGCCGAGGGCCGGCCCCAGAACGUGAGCGUGGCCGACUCCUACGACCCCAUCUCCACCGACGCCUCCCGCCGGUCCAGCGAGGCCAGCCAGUGCGACGGGCUGCCCAGCCUGCUCAGCCUCACGCCGGCCCAGCAGUACCGCCUGAAAGCCAAGUACGCGGCCGCCACCGGCGGGCCCCCGCCCACGCCGCUGCCCAACAUGGAAAGGAUGAGCCUGAAGACCAGGAUGGCCCUGCUCGGGGACGGCAGGGAGUCCGCGGGGACCCUGCCGCCCGUCCACCCUCCCCGGAGGUGCAGCGACGGGGGAGCCCACAGUUAUGGGCGGCGGCCCCUGCUGCCCCCGGACGCGCUGGGCCACGGCGUGAGGAGAGCCAGCGACCCGGUGAGGACGGUCUCGGAGGGCCUCUCCCUGCCCAGGGUGCAGCGUUUCAGCAGCCUCAACAGCUUCAACCCUCCGGCCUUGCCCCCAGCCCUGGAAAAGCGUAGCUUAGUGCUGCAGAACUACACGCGGCCGGAGGGCGCUCCGGCCCGCCACUUCCGCACGUCCCCCUGUCCUCCGAGCAUCGCCGAGAACGUCACCCUGGAGGCCCUGACCAUGGACACCGACGUGGGCCUGAACGAUGAGGACUUCCUGCCCGACGACGUGGUGCAGUAUCUAAAUGCCCAGAACCAAGCUGGCUACGAGCAGCACUUCCAGAGCGCCCUCUCUGAUGACAGCAAAGCGCCGCCGGGGCCCAGCCUGGGGAGCGGGCAUGGCGACUUCGAGCAGCCCGGGCUGCCCGCCGGCCACGCCGGCCAGCAGUACCGCGAGCUGGAGCAGCCCUGCCCCGAGGCCAGCAAGGCCGACCUGCCCAUUCAGUGGAACGAGGUCAGCUCCGGCAGCGCGGACCUGUCCUCCUCCAGGCUCAAGUGUGGCCAGCGGGCCGCCGCGCAGCCAGCGCGGGCCUUCGGGCUGUACACCAACAUAAGCGCCCACCCCCAGAACGCCCUGGGGAGCGGGGCCGGCCCAGCGGGCGUCUACCAGAGCCUCGGGGAGCACUGCAGCGCCUAUGGUGGGCCCGACCACCUGGCGGUCCACUGUGGCGGGACCGGCACCAACAGAACUGUCUUCCACGAACAGCCCUAUAAGGUCCAGCAGUACGGGAACUGCCUCAACAGGCAGCCUGGUGCCCCCGGCUUGCUGGACCCCGGGGCCAGCGGUGCUGGGAUGCAAGCAGCCAAGCUGAGAGGCACCAGCCUGCAGGGGAACGGGAGCCAGCCAGAGUUUAGCCUGUCCGCGAUGCCCAGCGAGUCGGCGGGCAGCACGGUGAAUGGCGUGCCAACCCGAUACCCGGUGGGACAGGGGUACUUGGCCCAUCCGAUGCUCAGCGACAGCAUGCACCACCAGGGGGCAGGCCGCCCCGGGCAGCCGACGCUGGGGCCGGUUAGCGCUACCUCACAUACCAAUGUCUAUCAAGGGCCAGAGAGCAGCCUGCCAGGGCCUCCCAGCCUCGGGGGCCCGCCGCCCAGCGUGGCGGCCGUCAGGGACUACCCGCCGUGCGCAGGCUACGGAGGCGGCCGGCGCCAGGCUGUGCCCAGAGGCAGCCUCGCUUUGCAGCCGGGACAGCCCAGCGACACCAGUCAGACCUGCAGGGUCAACGGCAUCAAGAUGGAGACACAAGGGCAGCCCCAUCAACUCUGCUCCAACAUGCAGAGUUACUCUGGUCAGUUCUAUGACCAAACCCUUGGCUUCAGUCAGCAAGACCUGAAAACUGGCUCGUUCUGUCUCUCGGAAGCCAGCUGCCUGCUCCAGGGGGCUGGCCCGGAGCACUCGGAGCUCCUGUCCCCAGGCGCCAACCAGGUGACCAGCACCGUCGACAGCCUCGACAGCCACGACCUGGAAGGGGUGCAGAUCGAUUUUGACGCCAUCAUAGAUGACGGGGACCACGCCAGCUUGAUGUCAGGAGCCCUGAGCCCCAGCAUCAUUCAGAACCUUUCCCAUAGCUCCUCCCGCCUCACGACGCCGCGAACGUCCGUGCCGUUGCCAGCGCUGUCUGUGAGCACCACCAACAUGGCCAUCGGGGACAUGAGUUCUUUGCUGACCUCCCUCGCGGAAGAAAGCAAAUUCCUUGCAGUGAUGCAAUAGGCUCUGGGGGAAAAGGACGGCCAACAACUUCAGGAGUUUAAACGGUUACAUUGAGUCAGUUUUUUGCUGGUUUUUUGUUUUUUUGUUUUUUAGUUCUGUAUGUAUUUUAGCAAUCUCAUCUCACAUCUUGGGAUGUGUUUCAAGUAUAUUCCUUUUAUGGAAAAGGACUCUGAAAAACCCUAAAGUAUUCUAGGGAGAAACUGUCUUCCAUUUCAGUUUGAAUCAGUAUUGUUACACUCGAAACAUCCCCCUUUUUAAAAAAAAAACAAAAACAACAAAAAAAAAAGCCCUGUAAGUCUGCCUCCUUUAUUAGUAAACCGGUAUAAAUGUGUGAUGUGCAUGUUCUUCCUCCUUUUCGAAGAGAGGUCAGACGAAAGGGUGUGACAUGUUCCUCUGUGACUCACAGGAAACAGGAGUGGGUAAGCCUUUGACCAAAGGCUUGAUGCCACCUUUUAAACUUUUUCCAUAUGCCCAGUGUUUGUUUUGUUUCUUGUUUGUUUGUUUUCUAAAUUCCCACAUUGGGCACGAGAAUGGAUAGUGAGUUUAAGAAUCUUUUGUGGGUGAAUUGUCGCAUAGAUCACAGAUUUUUUGACAGGCCCCCCCCCACCCCCACCCCUAAUUCAGUUCAGGGCACACUUUUGACAGUUGCCACAAGUGGAAAUGUGGGGCUCUUGAGCGUCAGUCAUUUGCUCACAGUUUGGGUUUAACAUUCUCCCUGUCCAUCGUGUGCUUUGGGGGGCAGGUCUGUCCGGUCAGUUCUCAGUUAUCCACGUUGCCUCUUUCUCUGCGAGCUCUCAGUGCCCUGCAGCAUCCCAGGAGGGGCAGGAGAGCCCGGGGAUGCACGCAGACACGCUGCUGCUUUCCUCUGUUCUGGCGAGAGGCUAGGUGGGUUGUAGUUGAAGCUGUUGUGUAGAAUUAAUUAGUUUGGGGAAUAUUUGUAGGUUUGCCGUAUUUGUUGAUUAGUUCCAUCUCUUUACCCUUAUCCUAGAUAACUGAGAAUGGAUUAUGUGUAGUGCUAAGUACAAUCCCACAGCUGGCUGUCACUAACAUAGGGAAGGACUGCUUCUAUUCUAAGCACCCUCUUUUCAGGGAUUUAUAAAAUUUAGUUGUAACAGGAAAAGCUCACGUACAAGGAUAAUUGGAAUAAAUUCCUUCGCCCAUUUUUGGUAUUUGAGAGACGAGGCGGGAUGUGUAGUAGCUGUAUGGAUGCCUUUUUAAACCUUGUCUGUUAAAUGCAGCGUCCAUUUAAGAAAUUAAAUGUUCUAUGCAGUUCACCCUUCCUGUGGGCUCAGUCUGUCCUUUUGUUUUGGAUUAGACGAUUAGAAGAGUGUAGCUACUUCCCAUGUGCCGUGGAUACACAUAAAGAACAUGCUGUGUGUGCACAGGGCACAUGGAUGAUCCGGCAUUUUACUUUUAAAAAUACGUCAACUAUUAAAACUUGAACAACAAAUUCAAGUACAGACUGUCUGCCAUCUUCUUCCCAUUGAUCCUGGAGUUGGACUUAAUCCAAAGUGACCCAUGGUUCCAUUGUGUGGCUUUUCCCCUUUAUUCCUGCCGUUUAAAUUAGCUUCGGAAAGGCAGCAUCAGAUCCAGUAACAUGUUAGAUAACGGAAAGAGAGGACCAGCCCAUUUUUCUCAUGUUUACGUUCUCUGGUUUGGACCAAGAACCUCAGCAUGGAGGUAAAUGAGACAACUGGGUUUGCCUUCACCUGGCUGUCCCCGAGCUCAGCAGAGGGAUGCCGGGAUUUCUCCUCCACAUCCCGCCACCCUCCCAUGUGCAGCGUCUUCUUUCAAAUCAAAGGGUGCAUCCGCGUUGGAACAGAGCCCAGAAGCAAAAAACGGCUGCUAGUCUGAGCUCAGUACAGUCGCGUCUCCCCCUUUUCAACGGGAAAAGCGAGGCCUUUUCUGCCUUCAUCGGAUAGGUCACAAAUCAGUGAUCCAUUCCCAGCGUCUCCUUUCUCCAGGAACCUCAAAACCCCCAGGUCCUGGCCUUACCUUCCAUGCUCUUGUGGUUUGGCCCGAUCUCUGUUCUCCUCCGCCUGAGUUCUUUCCUCGGGAGUUCCCGGAUGGGACCCAGUCCCUCAGCUCCCCUAACUUCCCUGUCCUCUUGGCCCCACGAGGAAGGACGGGCAGCGACUGGGAGACACAGAGCUGUCACCUUGUGCCUCUGCUUUUUCUUCUGGCUCCCGGUGAUUCUCCGGGUUGCCUGGUUCCUUUACGUUUUCUUUGCAAUCGUGUUUUCCUUGCUCCUGCCUCUCGAGGGGCAGGAGACUCCCUCCAGGGCAGCAGGUGGCUCCUCUCCAUCCCGAAAUCUCAGAGCGAUGGAUCUGUUGUGACCGUCAGUGGCAGGAAGGUCUCCUGGCGCCAUUGAGGAGUGUCCUGUCGGGAUGUGCAUCUCUGUAGACCUGGCACCUCCGGUGGCGGGAGGCACCCCCAAACCUCCAGCCUUCUCUCCGCCGUGUCACUGUUGUCACAUCCUCCUUGACGCUGCAGGCUCCUGCAUGGCAUUCCUGUCUCACAUCUUUGUGAAACGUGUUUUUACGUGUCAAACCAUCUUUGUUUUGUUUUCUAAAGAGCGAAUUAGAGACUAGUCCAGUGUGCCCCUGCUCCUCACACGUGGGCUCUGCCUCCCGAGCCUCCGAGUUUUGAUUCUUGCGAUGUAUGUGCCUUAUUUUGUGUUCAUCGUGUCGAUGCAAGGGACCAUUUGGUGUUGCCCAGUCAGAGUGCAAGGCUGCAUGCGCCCCAGCCGGCAGAGAGCACAGGACUGUAGCGGAGCCUGAGCUGUCUUGUAACCUGGUUUCCCGUGUUGUUUUGAACCGAUAGGAGGAUGUUCUCUUCGGACAAGUUGCUGUUGUGUAUCCUGCAAACGUGUAAGAUAAAGUACAAGUUCAUUUUUUUCACCUUUUUUAGAUUUUUAAAAAAAUAAAAUGUGUACUCCUUUUUUAAAAGAAAGACGUGUAAAUACAUUUAAGUAUUGUAGGCAUAGUGUCCGGACGUGGCCGGCCCCAGGCCUCCCUGGCAUCUGCCUGCCUCCAGAGCGAUGCCCCGCGCCCACCUCCAGCCCCGAGGGCAGCCGCCACAGAUGGACUCGACUUUUGCUUUCAGAACCACUUAGUCCUUUUGUAACAAAGAGAAAGAACAAUGUUUCUUACAAUGUCAAUAAA